UGUCAACUGUCAAGACUGGCUUGGUGAUGGCGUUAGUCUAGCCAAGGCUGCUAAGCAAUUUAUUUUCUCUCAAUCUUUUCGUUUCGUUGUCACACAAGUUAAGUUGAUUACCUUAUUUCAGUAUCCUAAUAAUUGGACUUCCUUCCAUUAAAAAAAAGUUCAAAGAGACGCUAAGAAAAAAAUGGCUGCCGAUCGAGAUAGUCUGUCAGAAUAUGAACUCUUAAGAUUGAAAAAUAUCCAAGAAAAUACAAUGAUGAUGAUCAAAUUAGGAAUCUUUAAAGCCCAGGAUCAAAAUACAACCCCAGUCAGUCACACUAGGACAAGGAGUAGUAGACAGCCAAUGCCUAAAAAGUCCAUGAGGAUCAAGACAAAAGAAAACAUAUCGCCACCCGUAUCAGUCAAAAGGAGGCGAUCAAACAGAAUAGCAGAAAAACAGCUUGAAGGAGUAGAGUUUGCAGAUGAUAUUGCAACACUGAUUCUUGGAAAUGAAAAUAUCUGCUUUGUAAAUUAUUGCUCCGAUGAGGAAGAAUCUGAUAAUGACCGGGACAGAGUUGUACAAACUACCAAACGGAGAAAAGUAAACUCCACAAAUAACAAUAGAGCACCGCGUGAUAUUCCUUCUGUUGACGACAUCACUGAAGAAGACCUGAAGAGAGUUGCAGAAGGUGUCAGAGACAAAGUGUAUUCCGAGGAUGGCACCACCUGUCACCAAUGCAGGCAGAAGACUCUAGACAUGAAAACUUAUUGCCGGUCAGAAAAUUGCUACGGUGUUCGGGGCCAGUUUUGUGGUCCAUGUUUGAAAAAUAGAUACGGCGAACUCGUUGUCGAAGCUCUGAAAGACCCUAAAUGGUCCUGCCCUCCAUGCCGUGAACUGUGCAAUUGCUCUAUUUGCCGAACUCAAAAAGGCAAGACUCCUACAGGUCAGUUGUUCUACCUAGCACAGGAGAGAGGAUACAAGUCUGUGCGUGAUUUCCUUGAGAAGGAGACUGAAAUCGAUGAAAUGUAAAUCUUCACUCCCCAUUUCUACAGUAUGACGACCAAAGAUUUUUGAUGACUGUCCGAUAGUUUCGGGAUGAAUUUACUCUAAUGUGCCUUGUGUUAAUGGCAAACUCAAACAAUUCUAGUGGUCAAGAGGACUUUGCCUUCAUAGCUGUUAUUUUUACUGCUGAGACUUGUCUAGCAGAUUAAAGUUAAGGAAGAGAAAUGAUUCAAAUUCACCUCUGAGUUUCCUUAUAUUAUACCAGAGAGUUUCCAUUCAUUAUGAGUAGCUAUUAAUAACCCUCAAUACUAAUGUGUUUUGAUUGUUAAUAUACUAGUGUUCUGGUUUGUCACAAUAUAUUCUGAUUUUAUUCUGUACUAAUUAUGGUUAAGUCUUAUGCUUAUGAUAUCCUUUUACUGUACCAAGUCCUGGAAAGUAUGAAGUGUUGGCCAUAUAGGUAGAGCUAAGUUUUUCUGUUCACAAGCUCAUUCACUAUUGUCUUAGUUAUGUUAUUAUUGUAUUUGAAAUAAGACUGGCUUUUUACAUAAUAUUUUUUAAGCGUUUUAUAAAAUAAAAUAAAACCUUAGUAUUCAACUAUUAAUUUCAUGUAUAUUUGUUGUUGAUUUCUUUCAGUGAGAAACUAAAGUAUUAUUUAGGUUUAACACUAUUGUAUCUAUUUAUUAAACAGUAUAUUCGUUAAGAUUCCAUUUGUCUGUGUGACUUU